UCUUACUCAUCGAAUUCUACCCUUUUGUUUAGCAAAUGGCAUUCUCAUUCUUGUCUAGCUUGCUAUUCGUCUUCGCUAUUCUUCUUCACUCCACGUCUUUGGUUACUGAAGCUCGUAGCUCAGUGCCCCCCACACCCAUCUCUCAUCUCGUUAGCGAAGAGCUUUUUGAUUCCAUUUUCCUGCACAAAGAUGACUCUGCAUGCCCCGCCAAAAACUUCUACACCUACGAGUCCUUCAUCACGGCGUCGAAACGCUUCCCGGGGUUUGGUAGCAGUGGUAGUUUAAGCACUCGGAAGCGUGAGAUUGCUGCAUUUCUUGCUCAAAUUUCGCAUGAAACUACAGGUGGGUGGGCUACUGCACCUGAUGGACCCUAUGCUUGGGGAUUGUGUUUCAAGGAAGAAGUUAGUCCUCAAAGUGACUACUGUGAUUCCUCCAACAAAGAAUGGCCUUGUUAUCCAGGGAAAACUUACAAAGGCAGAGGUCCAAUUCAACUUUCAUGGAACUACAACUAUGGGCCAGCAGGGAAGGCCUUGGGAUUUGAUGGAUUAAGAAACCCGGAUGUGGUGUCAAACAAUUCAUUGAUUGCAUUCAAAACAGCUCUCUGGUUUUGGAUGACAGAGCAAAAGCCAAAACCCUCUUGCCACAAUGUGAUGAUUGGAAAAUAUGUGCCAACACAAGCUGACAUAGCAGCUAAUCGAACUGCGGGGUAUGGCCUAGUCACAAACAUAAUCAAUGGUGGACUUGAAUGUGGAAUUCCUAAUGAUUCAAGGGUGAAUGACCGGAUUGGAUACUUUAAAAGAUAUGCUACCUUGUUUAACGUAGAUACAGGUUCUAACUUGGAUUGUGCAUAUCAGAAUUCCUUCUAAACUGUUUCUUAAUUUCUUUUCCAGUGUAUUUUUUUUCUUUUCUUUUAUUUUAUUUUCUGUGACAAAGGUUCGACAAUAAUAAUGUACUGAAAUCAUAUACCUAGUUCGUGGCAUUUUUCGUUGGUAAUUUGUUUCUAGAAGUUGAUGAAUACAAACUUUUGUGAAGAAUCUAGCUCGUGAUUACUAGAGCUAUUGU